CUACUCCGUACUGCCUUAGCGACGAGACCUCUCGGAUCCAACCCCGGCCGUGAGGAUGCAGGAUGGACACAGGAUCACGUUUCCAUAGUAUAGCUCACAACUGUAAAUCCUCCAGGCAUCUUGUUAUCCAGUCGAUGCAACAUCUCCGAGCCAGACCACCUCCUGGAGAAAUCAGGAAUCCGGACGAGCCCACGGGUACCACGGCCCGGGGAAGAGCUAGGCUCCGUGGGCUCUGGCACCGGAUCCCACUUGUUACCGAGCGUCCGAUGAAGUCAACGCAUGUAGACGGAGCAGGGAGGAUUGAACCCGAGACCGCACACGGGUAGACGG